CUCAUGCAUGACACAGAUUGCAUAAAGAUAUACAUAGUCAAAAAGACCAGGCCCAAUGUGAAGGUGUCACUAAAUGAUUGUAGAACAACAAACCAAAAAGGCCUAUAUUAUUUAGCAUACAAAAUCUGCAAAAGAAUCUGUAAAUAACUUAACUUCCCAGGGGUAACCUCGUCAUUCCGCAGACAACUUUUUUAUUUUCCCCUUGAGAAGACAAUCCAAGCAUCCCCGGGAAAUGGAGCAGCAAUCACAAUCGAGCCACCGCGAUUCAGCUGAUCCGUCGCCGUCAUCCACCGCAGACGAUGAGCACGUAGGCUCCGGUGGAGAAGCUAUGGCUCGAGGAUUAUCGGCGAUGCUAGAGUCCAUCAUCAAGGAGUUCGACUCAAAAGCCAAUGAUACGUUCAAAAGCCAAGACCAACUCUCCGGCUCACUCGAUCGACUAAUCCAAGAGCUUGAUCAAUUACUGGAGAAUGCUCCGUUGCCGUUCAUAGUACAACAUGCAGCGAGGAUCUCGAGCGUGAAACAUAGAGUUACGUCGAUGAAUCUGGUGCUUAAAUCUAUACAAAGGCGUAUUGAUAACAUCCAUCACACUCUCUCUAGUAACAGCAUGAUACAAGAGAAAACAGUCUCGGAAACUACUUAAUGACCAGAAUAAACACGAGUAGCUGUCUUAGUCGGGCUUCUUAAUUAUCAAUACAAAUGUAAAUAUACAUUUUGUAUUGUUCUUUUUUUUUUGUCAGCAUGUUGUAUUGUUCCAAACUCAUAUUCAUCACGAGACCUUCUUGUCUUUCAGAAGCUUAAGAUCACAUUGUCUGAACAAACUUAACUAUCUGUGAUUGGCUUAUUU